AGCCACUGUUGUUAAUCGGUCGGAGAAAAACGCUUGCAACAACUGUAACUUGGACAUUUUCUGUGGAAUGACUGUCGACGGAGAUUCGUUCAUGCAACACUUCCUAAGAGGAACUGCGUCUAGAUCCACAGAGUAGUUGGAUGAAUGCACCAUCUCUACAACCCAUGGAUCCAGGACAGGGGCAGUAGAUACCACCAUCUCUACAACCCAUGGAUCCAGGACAGGGGCAGUAGAUACCACCAUCUCUACAACCCAUGGAUCCAGGACAGGAGCAGUAGAUACCACCAUCUCUACAACCCAUGGAUCCAGGACAGGGGCAGUAGAUACCACCAUCUCUAUAACCCAUGGAUCCAGGACAGGAGCAGUAGAUACCACCAUCUCUACAACCCAUGGAUCCAGGACAGGGGCAGUAGAUACCACCAUCUCUACAACCCAUGGAUCCAGGACAGGAGCAGUAGAUACCACCAUCUCUACAACCCAUGGAUCCAGGACAGGGGCAGUAGAUACCACCAUCUCUAUAACCCAUGGAUCCAGGACAGGAGCAGUAGAUACCACCAUCUCUACAACCCAUGGAUCCAGGACAGGGGCAGUAGAUACCACCAUCUCUACAACCCAUUGAUCCAGGACAGGAGCAGCAGAUACCACCAUCUCUACAACCCAUGGAUCCAGGACAGGGGCAGUAGAUACCACCAUCUCUACAACCCAUUGAUCCAGGACAGGGGCAGUAGAUACCACCAUCUCUACAACCCAUGGAUCCAGGACAGGGGCAGUAGAUACCACCAUCUCUACAACCCAUUGAUCCAGGACAGGGGCAGUAGAUACCACCAUCUCUACAACCCAUGGAUCCAGGACAGGGGCAGUAGAUACCACCAUCUCUAGAACCCAUUGAUCCAGGACAGGGGCAGUAGAUACCACCAUCUCUGCAACCCAUGGAUCCAGGACAGGGGCAGUAGAUACCACCAUCUCUACAACCCAUGGAUCCAGGACAGGGGCAGUAGAUACCACCAUCUCUACAACCCAUGGAUCCAGGACAGGGGCAGUAGAUACCACCAUCUCUACAACCCAUGGAUCCAGGACAGGGGCAGUAGAUACCACCAUCUCUACAACCCAUGGAUCCAGGACAGGGGCAGUAGAUACCACCGCCUUUCAAACACCGGGGAUGACAUAUCUGCAGGUUAUUCGCUGUCAUUGUCAUAGCUUGUACUGUAGUGUACCAACGGCUCAUUUCUACCACAACAGAAUGAUGACUGAGAUUCCAACACACAGGGUUUCAAUGCUCUUGGACAACAGAAAAGCGUAGACCAUUGAGACAUGAUGAUGGUGUCUAAGAUGUACUGUGUGCUCUCUCUGAUGUUGAACCAGAAGUGCACCAUGUGUUGCUCAUUCUGGUUAGUGUUGUAUGAUUAAGCCUGUGUGACGGUCUCCUCUUGGUGUAGUGAUCUCUGUCUGUCUUGAACUUUGUGUUGAUUAUUAUCUAGCAUGAUUAUGGAGCUAGCUGCUGUCUUAACAGCACAAAAAACACUCUAUUACAACUGACUGUUCAUUUUUAUUCUCAGGUUUCUCUCCUCAGUCUGUAUCCAGAGAGUCCAUUAUCUUUUGGCCAGGAUAAGGAUCUUAGACCUUGUCCUUGGUGGGGUUUUGGACCAACUCUGUUUCUGUAAAGAAGACACCUUGUCUGCAUCAUCACAUAGCCAACUGACAGCCAACUGACUGCCUCUGGCCUCCAUGCCUGUGUCUGUCUGCUUAGAGGACUGACUGACUGUUCUGAGACCUGACUGCCUCUGGCCUCCAUGUCUGUGUCUGUCUGCUUAGAGGACUGACUGACUGUUCUGAGACCUGACUGCCUCUGGCCUCCAUGUCUGUGUCUGUCUGCUUAGAGGACUGACUGACUGUUCUGAGACCUGUUGUCCCACAUUCCACUGAGUCAUUCCACAGCAGAACCACGGCUGAUUAGGAUGUUACAGGACAAGGAGAGACUGAUCUGUGAGUAGAGACUACAGCACCCACAAAGUAGAGACUACAGCACCCACAAAGCAUUGCAGCUCCCCUCACUGACACUUGUAGGCUUACUUGCACUGCCUACUUUUACACUGUGUGCACUUGAUGUUUUUGUUCUCCAGGAAAUUGCAGCUUGUGGAGAAUAUCACACAAUUUACUCCUGACAAAUUUGACAUUUCCAUUUUUCUUUUAUGCUGGAACAUGUUCUGUUUUUGCAUAAUAAAGUAUACUUUGAAUA